GCUCGCCGACCCUACUCCCUAGGCAAUUGCGCAAACGACCUGUCGCAUUCUGUCCUUGACAUGCGCUCGGCCUCAUAACAGUCAUCGCCGCGCCCUCUCACCGCCCACAACUCUUGGAACCCAACAUGCCCUCUGCUUCCUAACAGCAUACUUGACCCAGAGCCAUACAACCCCGACCAAACCGUAUAUACCAGUGAUUGAUGGAGGCACACAAGAGUCCUGUGGCGGUGGUGGGCGGAAGAGUCGAGCUGCCCACCCCAGUUCUCAUGGAAGACGUACCGGGCCCUGCAGCAGCACAUGCUGGCGGGGGUGGAGAAGAAGCCCUGAAGGAUAUCCUAUGUGGCUCAGCGGCUGGAGUCGUGGGCAAGUACAUCGAGUACCCCUUUGAUACCGUCAAGGUCCGUCUGCAGUCACAGCCAGACACUGUGCCUCUCCGAUACACCGGACCACUGGACUGCUUCAAAAAGUCCUUACGGCAGGAUGGAUUUCUGGGCAUAUACAGAGGCAUCAGUGCGCCUCUAGUAGGAGCUGCCAUAGAAAACAGCACCCUGUUCUUUAGUUACCGCAUAGCAGGAGAUGCUCUCAAAGCCUCGGGCAUAUACCCCGAAUUAAUGAGACACCCUGAGCGAGACCUGCCUUACUCGGGCAUGCUUUGCAGCGGCAUGAUUGCUGGAGCCAUUACCUCGCUAUUCCUCACUCCUAUUGAACUCGUCAAGUGCAAAAUGCAGGUUCCUCUGGAAACGCCUGGUAGCAUAGGCGCCGCACCAACCAUCCGAGGGGUCAUUGCCUCCAUCUAUCGGCACCAGGGCCUUAGGGGCUACUGGCACGGCCAAUUUGGAACCUUGAUCCGCGAAACAGGAGGCGGAGCAGCCUGGUUUGGCGGUUACGAGGGCAUGAAGAUAUUGUUCAAGAAAUCCAACGCAUCAGACAAAGACGAGGACCUUCUCGUAUGGCAGCGCAUGGCUUCUGGUUCUGUUGCUGGCGGCGCAUACAACUUCAUGUUCUUUCCUGCCGACACAAUCAAGUCGAGGAUGCAGACAGAGGACGUCAAGCAGCUCACUGGCGGAAGGUCGACCUUUACUGCCGUGGGCAAAGCGGUCUGGAAGCAAUACGGCAUCAAGGGCAUGUACCGUGGAUGCGGAAUCACCGUUGCAAGGUCGAUUCCGAGCUCUGCAUUCAUCUUUACGGUAUACGAGGAGCUCAAGAAGCGCUGGCCCAGUCGGGGGUCUGAGUAGCGGCAGCAUUCUGCUGGAUUUCAGCGUAGCCAUGGCGAGGAUUUAAGGAGCAGUGGUACAAGGUGACGGCGUUUGGAAGAACAAAAGCAUAGCAUGAAGGUGCGGGCAUAUAGAUACCAUGAUAGUCGUAG